ACUAGAAAUUCAAUUAAAAAAUUAAACAAAUGUGUCAACAACAAUAUCAGUAAUACUUUCAAUUUUUAUCAAUCAAAAAGGAAAACACAAUAUCGAAUAUGAUAUUUUUAAAAACACUCUUUACUUUACAGAUUAGAUUUAGCAUCCCACAAUUAGUAUUAUGGAUCAGGAAAAAGUAUCCCAAAAUAAUUCAUCGAAGGAGAAAGUCACCUACCUAGGCGGAGACCCUGAAGAGAGAGCGAAAGCUGAUAAAGCCCUCAAAGAAAUUUGUAGUGAUGGAAAUGUCUCAUACGUAGUGUCAUCGGAUCAAACACACUGCUUUCUCUAUGCCAAAGCUGUAGGAGAGGCAGAGAAGGCUGCCGAAAGGUAUAAUGAAUUAAUAGGUUGUAGAUAUGACAACAAAGAAACGGGAAAUGAGAGUGUUGAGCUUACGACCAAAGAAUCAGAAGAAAACGGUAGUAGUCAUGUUGCCAAUCAUGGGAAUAAAAACAACGAGGAAGAAAAAGAAGAAAAUGAAAAUGAUACACAUAUUGCAGAAGAGGCAGAAUUAUUUCAUGCAAAUACCAAAGUAAAAACAGUGAAACCCCCAGAAAGUGAAACAGAUGAAGAGAAAAGCAACAUCCAAAACAGAGGUGAAAAUCAGUCCAUAAAAAGAAAUUCCGCUUCCGAUAAAAGAUCAUCUACUUCGACAUUAAGAUCACCUGACAUACCAGUUUUUUUAUACAUCAAAAGAGUCAGAGAACGAGACAUUCAAUAACAAUACCCGUAGUACACCCUGCAAUGAUAAUGACCUUCAGGCAACAGACAGAAAUUCUUCAACCGAAGAAAAGUCUUCUACCUCGUCAAAAGGCAUAGGAAGUAAACAAAAUUCUGAAAUCACUGAAAUUUUGACUGCUGAAGGAUUCGUCAUAAAGCUU